GGGGGCUGAGCAUGGCAGCCCAGCCGGCUCCAGCGACUGCAGAGAGCGGAAGAAGUGAAUGAGGAACUCAGAGAAGGAAGAGCAAAAGGAGGAGGCUUUUCUAUCAUGGAUGUUUUCUACAGCAGUGGAGUCUGGUUUGCAGAGCUGCUACAGAGAAAUCUUGUGGGCCUAGAAGACUUUUGGCUUUGGGUGACCUUCUUGGGUGAUCCUAAAUGCGUCUUCCUCAUUUAUUUCCCUCUUGCUUAUUUUCUGCUGGACCAAAAGGUUGGAGUAAAAGUGCUCUGGCUGGGCUUAAUCUCCGAAUGGCUCAAUUUAGUCUCUAAAUGGUUUUUAUUUGGCGAAAGGCCCUUCUGGUGGAUGUUUCAAUCUGGGUUUUCCAGGAAGGGGGAAGACUUUCCCCGCCAGUUCCCUGCAAGCUGUGAAACAGGACCAGGCAGUCCCUCUGGCCAUUGUAUGAUCACUGGUGCAGCUCUGUGGCCAGUAGUAAUCACUCUGACCACACAGAUAUCCCAACACUCCAAAAGCUGGCUGGUGAAGGCAGUGCCCUUUCAGGUUUAUCUCCUCUUCCUCCUAGCUGUAGGUCUGUCACGCAUCUUCAUUCUGGCUCAUUUCCCCCACCAAGUCCUUGCUGGCAUCUUGGCAGGGAUAAGCCUGGGAUGGCUGCUAGAAUCCCGAGUCCCAUUAGAGAGAGGACUCUGCUUCUAUUUAUUGGCUUCACUGUCCCUUUUGCUCAGCAGCGUGAUGACCUAUUGGACACUGAUUGCUCUGGGCAUAGAUGUCACUUGGUCCAUCAACCUAGCUACCAAGUGGUGCGCGAACCCCGAGUGGAUCCGAAUAGACACACGUCCCUUUGCAUCACUGAAUCGUGAUAUGGCCACAGCUCUUGGGCUGGGACUUGCCUUCCACUCUUCCUACUACGCCCAGCUUAAGUGUGAGAGGCCCGGCUGGUCUCAGAGGGCACUGUGCGCUAUCUUGGCCCUUGUUCUCCUGCACCUCCUCAGUGGUGCGGCACAACCGCACAAUGUGGCUCUCUGGUACGGGCUGAACUUUGUGAAGUAUGCCACUUUCCCAUGGGUGGUGAUCGCAUUGCUCCCUAGAGCAGUUCAGGCUGUGACCUCCAGGGUGAUACCAAUCCACAAAGAGUAGCCAGAGGGACCAUUUACUCUUUUAGGACAGCCACAGAUAGGGAAAGGAGCUCAUAGAACUGGGCAGGAUUUUCUUUGGGGCACUCCCCACUUAGCAUAGAAUAGGUCCUUCCAUCAAAAGACCUUAUGCAUUUUACCUCAAAAGGGACUGUUCCUUCUACUCAGGCCAGUGUGUUUUUUUCUUUUUAUCUAAGCAGCUGUACCAAAAAUGCUACUUUGAACCCUCCUCACCCCAGCUCAAUUGUAUCAACAGCGUGUUUCUCUUUCAUACCCAGGGGUUAUUGUUUGCAUUCAGCAUUCAGGUCUCAAAAGUGCAACCCAAAAGAUUUUCAGAAAGUAUUUCCAACAGAGAUGGAUUGACAAUGGGACACAGUGGUUGCUUUGUGGCACUGUGGAAUCAUUGUAAGAGACACAUGCAAGUUGGACAAUGAUUUAACUGAAAUAGGUCAGAUGGGUAAGAGGAGGUGGUGGCAGCACUACUGAUGAAGUUUCUGUGCCUCCACUUAAUUUGUGUCAAAUAGGGCACUCUAAUUCCAUCUAGUAUCUAAUGUAUCAGCACCAUCCCUUUCUAACUUGAAUUCAGGGAAAAGAACUGAUGCAAACAUCCUAAAGCUCCAAGCCAGUAGCCAUCCCAAAGCUCUGAACCAGGGGUAGGCAACCUUUUUGAGCCGGGGGCCGGGUUGCUGUCCCUCAGACAAUUGGGG